UUGUCACUGCUCCUAGACACAGAGAAAUCAUUGCUUUCCUCACUCUCCGAACUGAGCCUCUCACACCAAAAAGUUUCAGACUGGACAUAAACCCUGUGACCUAGGUUUAGUUUAAAAUGUAAUGGAUCCUGCUGCUCACUGAGAUAUACUACACUAAAGUUCCUUCCUCAAAUCCUUUACUCCAUGUAUACUUCCUGAACCUUUCUCACCACUGUCAACUGGCAUAUUUUUCACCCCUUGUCAUGUAAUGGGCAGAGUCCAAGUGCCCUGCUUACAUCAUUCAUUGUUGUUCAGCUGUCGGUGUUGGUCUUUACACAACCAUGAUUAACACCUUCUGCUAAUUUGUUAUCUAAUGUGACACAUUCCAUAACUCUUACUAAAUAGCUCAGUAGAUAGUAUCAUACUUUGCUACCAAAGCCUCUAUCUGCACUCUUGACAGAGUGAUCUUGAUCCUUGACUUAUUCUUUUCACCUACAUUAGCAUCCCUAGACAAGUUCCUCACUGAGUAGUCUCUACUCUUCUACUGCUUCCACCAUACACCCCACUCCUUUCCUGCUCUUGAUACACUGUCAUGUGGUCCACCUUCAUCGUGCAGGACGAGGAGGUCAGGUCCACAGCCAUAUCUGGCAGAGGUGCUGAAGCAUUAGCAGGAAUGUUAGGUGUGCAAAGUGGUGGAUGCAAGCGGCGGACAAGAGCACCCUCAUCUUCCCUAAAUGACCAUCAGAAAGGCAAGAUCAAGUUGACAUUCUUUGUGGCCAUAGUGGGCAUCAUGCUGGCUGUCUUAGGGGUGGGUACAGAGUUCUGGGUAGAGCUGGCAUCGUCAAAAAGCAUUAACAACAAUGAGACAUGCCUUGCGGCACACUAUGGCCUGUGGAAAAGCUGUAUGAAGAGGCUCUGGGUUACUGAUGUUGACCCUGAGCGGGAAACCUGUGGACCUAUUGACCUACCUGGAGAAUCAAACUGCACCUAUUUCAAGAUUUAUACAACUGGAGAAAACACAGUCCUGUUUCACAAAAUACCAGCAAAGAAUUUGGCUGUAUCCUCUGCCAUGGUAGCGAUCGUCAGUCUUUUUCUGAUGGUGAUGGGAGCUGUUUGCAUUAUCAUGGCAUUAAGCAAAGGCGUGCAAUUUUUCCUGAAGCCAGCCUCAGUCUGUUUCACAGUAUCAGGUCUACUGGUUUUCCUGUCUCUCAUCAUUUUUCAUCAGUCAGUCCUUUCGCUUUUGGCAAGUGACCAUUCCAUACCAUUGCACCAUGAACUGUCGUGGUCAGUAGCAUGUAUGGGAUGUGCUGGCAUCUUACUAGUAGUUGCAGGGGUUUUAUUCCUUCUUCUUGCUCUGCCAUAUAGUUCUUGGGGAAAAUGUCUGCCUAACAGGAACACUGAUGGCUUGUGACACAGGCCCUUUGUAAACUUUGGUACUGAUAAAACUCACUUUUCAAUGCAGUAAACAAUCUGACUUUAUCUGAACGAAGCUCUUUGGGAAACAAACAAAAAAAUCAUGUCUUGGUUUGUUUUUGUCAGAUAAUGUGCAUUUAAGAGAUUAUGAUAGAGACUUUAUGAGAUUAAUGCAAAUAAUAUAAUAUAUACUGACAGGGGAGCCGCCAGAAAUUUUGGACCCCAUGAAAGAUUAGAAUUUUGGGUCCCCCAACUUUGCCCACCCUCAUCACAAUUGCACUAUUGUCAUUAUUUGACUUUUGAUAGCCCAUGGACCUUGAGUUUGUGACUUUGUUAUUACAUUUUAUGUAUUAACCUACCAGGGACUAGAUGAAAACUGGUCAGUGAGUAAUUCUGGUGCAUUUACAAUCACAAAUGAAAAUUCAAGAUUUUGCCACAUGCCUUCUUGUGCUAGGACAAUUGGUAGUGAAAUGUGUGAUGUGACUGCUAAUAAAUCAUAGAAAAAGUUUUCUACCCAGCAUCAAAAUAGCUAUGGAAAUCCCAUGGAUUGUUAUGUGUUAGGUAGAAAGCUGUGUGUACUGUUCUGCAAAAAGAAAUAUGUUCAAGCAUUUAUGAGUUGUAUUGCUGCUUACCUCCUUCUCCAAAGGGGGGUUCAGUGGUUUGGUAGGGCGGAGGUCCCCCUGAGGCUGAAUCUGUGCAUAUUUAGGGCACCCCAUUAGUUAUGAAACUGGUUAUUAGCACUAGUUAUUAGCACCAGCAUAACGUAAUAUUUCAUCUUGUUUAUCACACAAGUCAGUUCAGUUAUUAAAAUGGAAAAAAUGUCACUGUACAAACUGUAAAAGUGUUUCUCUUGAUAGGCUAAUCCAACCACGUUCAUACUGUUCAUUUACCAUUCGCUAAUAUUUUGAACACACAUGUGAGCGAUAGCUACCUUUCUUUGGGAAAAACUGAGUGACCAGUUGCCUGCCUCUCCGGUCCCUCUCAGCUUUCAGCUGCCUUUCUUUACGUUUUUGACAGCCACUCUUCAUAUUUAGCGAUCAUAGACUGUACGCACUCCACUGCUGGCUGGCUGGCUGCUGCACCGCGACACAACAGCAAGUAGCGUUGCACUGAUCAGCACACAGAUUUAACGCAUCGCGCUUCUACCAGAACUGGACCGUACCAUUUCGCAAAAGGGGGAGGGUUAAAUGACAAUAUGUUGAAGAACUCAAGAAAUAGACAACCUUGUUCAAUUAGCUCAUUUUACCAGAUGGAAUAUUGCAUUGUUGUUAUUUCAAAAGUCUUAUUAAAAUCAUUAAAAGCAUAUUAUCAGCCCCUUAAAGGGCCCCAUGGCAGUGCUGGGCCCCUAGAAUUGUACUAACCUUUCCCCCCCUGGCGGCGCCCAUGUAUACUGAUACUGAUUACAUUGUGUUAUAGUGUGCCUGUUGUUUUCAGCAAUGUACCAACGAAGUGUAUUAAGAUCAAAGAAGGAUUAAAAUGAUCAUUUGUUUUUCAACA